GAAUCCGUUGCUGGUCUUCAGGAACAUUAUAAUCAUCUGUGUAUGGAAAAAUCCCAGAGAAUUAAUCCUUUUAUAUUGCAUAUACUCCAAGAAGUAGAUGAAGAAAUGAAAAAGGGAUUGGAGAAAGGAAUCACAUUAACCAUGGCUGGUAACAAUCGCCUAAUACUAGCAGAAAGAAUAACAGGUGAAGAUUUUCGGAUUCUUUUUAGAAUUUUAAGGAAUCACCCAUAUAUUAAUGGUUUGGAUGUUAGAUAUAACCUCUUAAGUGAUAUUGGUGCAUACUGUGCUGCAAGACUGCUCCAGAAACAACGUAAUCUCAUUUACUUAAAUCUUAUGUUUAAUGAUAUUGGGCCUGAAGGUGGAGAAUUGAUUGCUAAAGCACUACAUAAGAAUACAACUCUGAAAUACCUAAGAAUGACUGGAAACAAGAUUGAAAAUAAAGGUGGAAUGUUUUUUGCUGCCAUGCUGCAAAUUAAUUCAUCAUUAGAGAAAUUAGAUCUGGGUGACUGUGAUCUGGGGAUGCAAAGUGUGAUAGCAUUUGCUACAGUACUAACUCAAAACAGAGCAAUUAAGGGAAUAAACCUAAACCGACCUAUGCUGUAUGGUGAGCAGGAAGAGUCCACAGUCCAUCUAGGCCACAUGUUAAAGGAAAAUCACUCUCUUGUUGAACUACACAUGUGUAAGCAUGAUAUAAAAAACUGUGGCAUGCAAAAAUUAUGUGAUGCUCUGUAUCUGAACAGUAGCCUGCGCUACCUUGAUGUUAGCUGCAAUAAAAUAACUCGUGAUGGAAUGGUGUACUUGGCUGAUGUACUGAAAAGCAACACUACACUGGAAGUACUAGAUCUUUCUUUUAACAGAAUAGAAAAUGCAGGAGCAAACUAUCUCAGUGAAACUCUUACUUCACACAACAGGAGUCUUAAAGCGUUGUCAGUAGUCAGCAACAACAUAAAGGGAGAAGGACUUGUUGCACUUUCACAGUCAGUGAAAACAAACCCCACAUUCUCUAAUAUCUACAUUUGGGGAAACAAAUUUGAUGAGGCUACUUGUGUGGCAUAUUUGGACUUGAUUCAAAUGGGUCAUCUAAAACCAGACAAUACAGAUGUGGAGCCAUUUGUGGUGGAUGGACAUGUGUAUCUUGCAGAAGUCUCCAAUGGCCUUAAAAGGCAUUAUUAUUGGACACCAAUUUACGGAGAAGCUUACAGCCACUCAUCUAAUGCAGGUUUUGCUCUUGUUCCAGUAGGUCAACAUCUAUGA